CUCUCUCUCUCUCUCUCUCCAAAAAUCGCACCUUUGCGUCUCCUCUCUCUCUCUCUCUCUCUCUAACUUCUCUCUUGUUCGCGACUGCUGAUGAUUGCAUCUUCUCGCGAAUCGCACUGAGGCGGGGAGGAAACCCUAGUCUCUCUUCCCCCCUGCAGCUCCCGCUUACUUCGCCUUUUCGAAGCUUUAACAAGAGGAGGAAGCAAAGAAUUGGGAUUUAUGUCCCUCAAUCAAUCUAGGGCAGAGAAGAGCGAAGGAUUCCGGAAACCCGGCCGAUCGGGAGGCUCCAGCCAACACCACAGGGGAUUCUCCGGCGUCGGCGGAGGAGGAGGAUCCGCCCCUCCUCCUCCACUCUCCUCCAACACCUACUUGGCGACGCCCUCCUCAUCGUCGUCGGUUCCGCCGGCGCUAUAUUCGAACCGAAGCCUCAAGAAAUCAGGUAAUGGGCCUGGAAACCAACCUAGGUUAAAUCCCACAAGCACUAACAUAGAUGGGGGUUCUGCUAUUGCCCAUGCUGCCCACGGCGCCGUCCAGAACGGCGCUCAUGCCCAUGCCCCUACUCAUGCAGGGCCAUCAGAUGCACCAGCAACAGCUGGUGCGAAACCAGUCGACGUUCCCGUGCCUAGAAACCCUCCUAGACCGCUUCCUAAGGCUCCACCAUCCCAGUCUGCUGCCGGUGCUCCAGACUCUUCUUCACCGUCGACGCCGGCUAAAGGGGAUUCAUCUAGAGCAUUUACGCUUCAGUUUGGAAGUAUAAGUCCAGGGAUCAUGAACGGAAUGCAAAUUCCUGCUAGGACAAACUCAGCUCCUCCAAAUCUGGACGAGCAGAAACGAGACCAGGCUCGUCGUGAUCCCUAUGUGGCAAUCCCUAAAAUUCCAAUAUCUUCUGCCCCUAAACCGCAACAACAGCAACCAGCAAGAAAGGAUAUAGGUAGCGGUGCUGGCAAUAAUCAAUCCAACACCAAUCAGUCUCAUCCUCUGCCGCCCCAAACAAAGAGGGACGUUCAUGUCCCCAUCCAGUCUGCACCUGUUGUUGCUCCGCCCAAAUCGUCGGUCCUUCCUAUGUCUGGAAUGCCCAUGCCUAUGCCUUUCCAACACCAACACCAACACCAGCACCAGCACCAACAUCAACACCAACACCAACACCAACACCAACAUCAACAGCCGCCACAUGUUCCCCUCCAAUUCGGUGGCCCAACUCCUCCAAUCCAAUCACAGGGAGUCGUGCCUAGCUCGCUACAAAUGUCAAUGGCAUCGCUGUCUGUGGGGAAUGCACCGCAGCAAAUGUUCGUUUCUGGUAUUCAGGCUCAUGCUCUGCAACAACAAACUUUAAUGCAUCAAGGACAAGGAUUUGGCUUCGGGCCUGCGAUUAGUCAGCAGCUAGGUCCGCAAAUAGGCAAUAUGGGAAUUGGUAUGGGGCCCCAGUUCCCUUCACAGCAGCCCGGGAAAUUCAGUGGGCCAGGACCCCAACGGAAGACCACUGUGAAGAUUACCCACCCUGAUACACAUGAAGAGCUGAAGCUCGAUAAAAGAACCGAAUCUGUGGAUGCCGUCUCUUCUGGGCAGAGGCAGCUACCCAGUGUUAACCCGCAAUCUCAGCCCAUUCCACAAUUUAAUCCCUCUCACCAGAUGAAUUUCUACUCCCCUUUACAGCCGAACUCUUAUAACCCUUCGCCAAUCUACUUCCCCACGGCUAGUACUGUUCCUCUAACGAGUAGCCAGAUGCCCACUGGAUCCCAGGCUCCGAGAUAUAGUUAUCCUGUCAAUCAAUCUGCACAGCCCAUUAAUUUCAUGGGCCCAUCCGUGUUGAACCCAAUGUCUAGUGGAAAACCCGGGCCUCCGGUCCAUCUGCAUGGCAUCUCUGAAGGGGUAAACAUGGAGGGCCUGCAAAUGUCUGGUUUAUCAAGUCAAGUCCAGGUAACUGUGAGGGCUCCUCCAGUAACAAUUAGUAUGCCCAGCAGUAAAUCGGAAUCUCCUAAAAUGUCGAGGCCAUCUGGGGAUGCUACUAAAUCCCUUGUGCAAAGGGAUGGUGAAGCUCUUCCGGAAACUUCUGUACAACCACCUAAGGCAGUUUCUGAAUCAGUGGCCAAAGUUCCAAUACCAAUUGUGGAUAGUUCAACACAGCAAACACAGCCUGGAACUUCUUCAUCAUCGGCUCCUGCCAUCUCUGAUGCAGAUUCAAGACCAUCUUCAGCGGGAACUGAUGGAAAGAAGAGAGAACCUGUUCGAAGAUCUGAUUCUUACAAAGAUCAUCAAAAGAAGCUGAGCAAAAGGGAUGCUAGAAAUCUUAGUCAACAAACCCAGUCGGAUGUAUCAGAUUUUGCAGAAGGCGCUAAGUCUUCAGUAGCUGCCAAGGAUAGCAGCAAAGUGGCUGAUGCAAAUAUUCAGCAAGUGACUAAAACCUCUGAGAAUUCUCAGGCAUCUCCAGUGUCAGUAAGUUCUUCAGUGAUCUUGCCUUCUCCAGCUAUGGAAAUCCGGGUUUCUUCGGAAGUAGGAAUUUCUGACCAAGCUGAGAAUCUGUCAGUAUCUGCUGCUUCCUCAUCUCAAAUAGUAUCUGAGGAGAAAUCCCAGGUUGAAGAUGCUUCAGUAACAACAGAGAGGGUUUAUUCAGAUAUAUCAACUUCUUUGACCCAUGUGGGCGUGGAAUCUAAGUCAAUCAAUUUGGAUAAUGAAUAUAGUCAAUAUAGUACAGUAGAGGAGCCAUGUGAAAAAACUGUUUUGUCUACUGAAUUAUCGCAGGAUUAUAAUAAGGCUAAAGUUCAUCCAGUUUCUGCUACAAAUGAAUCAUCUGAGCUUGAUCCAGUAGUCUUGGCAAAGCAGGAAGCCGUGGAAGCUGAGAGUUCUGAAAAGGAAAAUGCUCUGAAACAGAGAGAUGAAAAACUACAGUUUGAUGCCUCCAAUGAAGCAGAUGACUCUCUGCUGGAGGAUUCUAGUAAAGUAGAGAAAUCAGACUUGUCUGAAUUUGAUUCGGUAUCUGACUGUACUAUUCCAUCUGCAAAUGGAGAACUUUCAGCUCGAGAUGCCAAUACCAAUGAAUCUGAAAAAGAAAAGAGUCUAAAUUCUGGCUCGACGGAGCUUAACAUUAAGACCCAAGAAAUUAUUCCUUCUCCAGAUCCAGCUAAGCCUGAGAGGUCACAGAAACUAGAUGCUGUUUCCACAGUUUUAUCACCUAAGGAGAAGCCGAUUUUGGAAACGGCUAAAGCUAAGCCUACUGCUACAAAAAAGAAGAAGAGGAAGGAAAUUCUUUCUAAAGCGGAUGCUGCGGGAACUCCUGACCUUUACAAUGCAUACAAGGGCCCAGAGGAAAAACAUGAAAGUGCUAUUACCUCAGAAAGCAUUAAUAGCUCUUUAGCAUCGGUUCCAAGUCAGACCUCUUCAGACGACAAUGAAAAGGAAGUUACUGUGACUGAGGAGGAUGGACAAGGCAAAGCUGAAAUCGAUGAUUGGGAAGAUGCUGCUGAAUCUACCCCUAAAUUGAGAGCAUCAGAGCAUGGUAAGCCGAUUAAUGGAGUGAAAAACCAACCUGAUGACGAAGGAAAUGAAGCUACUAGCCGGAAAAAGUACUCUAGGGAUUUUCUACUAACUUUUUCACAACAAUAUACUGAUCUUCCUGUUGGUUUCGAGAUCGGAUCUGAUAUUGCUGAUGUUUUGAUGAAUGUUCAAGCCGGGAAAUCAUACAUCGUCAAUCGUGAACCAUACCCAAGUCCUGGAAGGAUAACAGAUAGGCCAACAUCUCGGGGUGACCACCGUAUGAUUAGCAAUAUUGAUGAUGAUAAGUGGACAAAAUUUCCUGGCCCUUUUAGCCCUAAUCGUGAUGUUCGAUUAGAUAUGGGCCAUGGACCCAGUGUAGUGAGUUUCCGCCCGGGCCAAGGAGUUAGUCAUGGGGUUUUACGGAACCCACGUGGUCAGCCGCCCACUCAGUUUGUUGGUGGGAUUCUCUCUGGGCCAAUGCAAUCAGUGAUUGCUCAGGGUGGCAUGCAACGUAGUAAUUCUGACGCAGACAGGUGGCAGCGUGCUACUAGUAGAGGUCUGAUACCUUCUCCGCAGACGCCUUUGCAGGUGAUGCACAAGGCUGAGAGAAAAUAUGAAGUGGGCAAAAUCUCUGACGAGGAACAGGCGAAACAACGACAGCUUAAAGGCAUCCUUAACAAGUUAACGCCUCAAAAUUUUGAAAAACUUUUCUUACAAGUAAAGGAAGUCAACAUUGACAACGUAGCAACUCUUACUGGCGUCAUCUCUCAGAUUUUUGACAAAGCUUUGAUGGAACCAACUUUCUGUGAGAUGUAUGCCAAUUUUUGUCUCCAUUUGGCAAGUGCAUUACCGGAUUUUAGCGAGGCCAACGAGAAGGUUACUUUUAAAAGAUUGCUUUUGAAUAAGUGCCAGGAGGAAUUUGAAAGGGGGGAAAGAGAGCAAGCCGAAGCUAACAAAGUGGAAGAGGAAGGUGAGAUUAAGCAAUCCAAUGAGGAACGGGAAGAGAAAAGGCUUCGUGCGAGGAGGCGUAUGCUGGGAAAUAUUCGUUUGAUUGGAGAAUUAUACAAAAAGAAGAUGCUGACUGAGAGAAUCAUGCACGAAUGCAUCAAGAAGUUGUUGGGUCAAUAUCAGAACCCCGAUGAGGAAGAUGUGGAGGCUCUAUGCAAGUUAAUGAGCACAAUUGGGGAGAUCAUAGACCAUCCAAAAGCCAAGGAGCAUAUGGAUGCUUAUUUUGAUAUCAUGCUGAAGAUGUCGACAAAUCAGAAGCUGUCGUCUCGUGUUAGGUUCAUGCUGAAAGAUGCGAUCGAUCUUAGAAAAAAUAAAUGGCAACAAAGAAGGAAAGUUGAGGGGCCAAAGAAGAUUGAGGAGGUUCACAGGGAUGCGGCUCAAGAAAGACAAGCUCAAGCAAGUAGAUUGGCUCGUGGUGGUCCGGUCAUUAGUUCGGUGCCAAGGCGGGGUGCACCGCCUGAUUAUGGUCCUCGUGGCUCUUCCGCACUGGGUUCGUCAGGUUUGCAGCAAGCUAAUAUUCGUGGAUUACCUUCUCAGUCUCGUGCAUAUGCGACGCAGGAUGUUCGGUUCGAGGAUAGGCAACACCAGUAUGAAAGCAGAACACUGUCCCUCCCUCUGCCUCAAAGGGCUAUUAAUGAUGAUUCUCUUACACUUGGUCCUCAAGGCGGCUUGGCUAGGGGAAUGUCUAUUAGAGGGCAGCCAACGAUUUCAAAUGCCACCUCUACUGGAUUUGGUGACAAUCGACGGAUGGGAGCUGGUCCUAAUGGGUAUAGUUCUGUUACUGAUUGGACAUCUAAUAACUUGAGGGAUGAUACUGGUAGCAGAUACAUGGCAGAUAGGCUUCCCAGUCCUCAAGAUCGCAAUGCUCCUGGAAGCCGGGAUUUGAGAAGUGCCGAUCGAGCUUUUGAUGGGCCCCCAGCAACUAGUCAACCUGCUGGGCGGGGACAUGCAUCUUCGAGUAGUAGUCUCGAUGUGCGAUCAGAAACAAAAACUUUCUCUAAAGAGGUUCUCGAAGAAAAAACAAUAUCAGCAAUACGGGAAUUUUAUAGUGCUAAAGAUGAGGCGGAGGUUGCUUUGUGCAUGAAGGAGCUGAAUGCCCCUAAUUUCUAUUCCUCGGCUGUAUCACUUUGGAUUACUGACUCUUUUGAAAGGAAAGAUAUGGAAAGGGAUCUCUUGGCAAAGCUUCUCGUCAACCUUUGCAAGUCUCGAGACAGCUUAUUAAGCGAAGGACAGCUACUACAGGGGUUUGAAUCUGUACUAUCUUCAUUGGAGGAUGCUGUGAACGAUGCUCCAAGGGCUGCAGAGUUUCUUGGACGAAUUUUUGCGAGAGUAAUAUCAGAAAAUGUGGUGCCCUUGAGAGAGAUCGGGAGAUUAAUACGUGAAGGCGGGGAAGAGCCAGGGCGAUUACUAGAGAUCGGACUUGCUGCAGAUGUUCUUGGUAGCACCCUAGAGUCCAUAAGAACAGAGAAAGGGGAUUCGGUCUUAAAUGAGAUACGGGCGAGCUCCAGUUUGCGGUUGGAAGACUUCCGACCCCCGCAGCCGAGCAAAGCAAAGAAGUUGGAUGCGUUUCUUUAGAGAUAAAGAUGAUCUGUAUCAGGUGGGAUAUUCAUGUUUAGGUACUUCAGGAUACUCGGUCCUUAAAAAUGUUUUCUUGCUCGUAUCCUUUCAGGUUAUUAUAGUAUGUUGCUUUAUAUUGACUCAUGCCUUCGUAUUCUUCCGAAGGUUACUGAAAUUGAAAGUAGGGUAUCAGUUCAGCAGCCUAUUUAUUUGUGGUAGUGGUGGUAAAGAGGUUUUGGGAGCUGGAAAUCUCAUUUUGGCUCUGUUUUUUUUAAUCAAUUAGGAAUCUAGUAUCAUGAGUUAAUAAUAUAUAUUCUCUCCUUUGCUAUUGCGGUGACAAA